AUGCGUAAAGUGGUUGCUAUUGAUGCAACAUUUCUGACGAGCCAAUAUAAGGGAGCAUUGAUCGUGGCAACUGCCCAAGAUGGUGAUCAUCACCAAUAUCUUUUAGCUUGGGGUGUGAUAGAUAGAGAGAAGGAUGCUUCAUGGUUGUGGUUUAUGACAAAAUUAAGCGAAGUAAUACCGGAUGGUUCUGAUGUAGUUGUGCUAUCUGACCGACAUAAAAGUAUAAUCAAAGUUGUGAGAGGAGUAUACAAACAAGCGCAACAUGGCUUUUAUGCGAGGUCAGCCUACACGAUCAGUGAGUUUGAAGACCUAUAUCCCAAAGUAGCUGAAUACAUGCAGAAGGAAGAACUUGCGCCCGAAAAAUGGGCAAGGUGUAAAUUUAGGAGUGAAAGGUACAACUUGUUAACAAUCAAUGGGGCCGAAUUGAUCAACUCCGUAUUGAAGAAGGCAAAAAAGUAUCCAAUCCUAAGUCUACUUGAUAUUUGUCUCGGAAAGACGGUGGAAUGGUUUAACAGGCACUUGUUGGAAGCAGGUAGGGCUGAUGAAUCUCAAAAGUUAACACCAAUUAUUUACAAAGAGUUGCAUGAACGUUACGAGAGGGCAUGUACGUUUGACGUUCAAGAACUGAAUCGUGUUACUGAUGAGUUUGAGGUGAGGGAUGACAAAAGUAGAAGACACUUGGUUAAUCUUGGAGAAAGAACAUGCGGUUGCAGAAUGUUUGAUGUGGAUAGGUACCCUUGCAGUCAUGCAAUUGCAGCAGCACAUAUGAUCGGAAAAGGCGAUAUGAUAUACGAUCUAUGUUCUGAAUACUAUACGCGAGAUACAUGGCAUAUGGCUUACCAAGAGACUGUGUAUCCGGUUUCCGAUUAUUGUGAUUGGAAUCUGCCAUCGUUCGUUGCAUAA